AUGCUCAACUACGGCCGCCGGCUCAACAACGGCCGGCUCAACCACAGCCGCCGGCUCAUCUACAGCCGCCGGCUCAUCCACAACCACCACAACCUCGGCUUUCUCGCAUCCCAACAGCAUCAAGACGGCGAUACCAACCAACGAGCAUCGAACGCCGGCGGCUCCAACACCAGCAGCCGCAGCUUCCAAGCUGCAGCCAGGAAUGGCGGCGAUGCACCACUCGUCGUCGUCAAAACGACAAUUAGCCAAAGACUCACCUCGCGCAGUCUCUACACCACCGAGUUUCAAUAA